UUCACCCAAUCUCUCCAAAGUCCAAACUCCAAGAUCAAUCCUUUAGUUCCUCAGCGACUACCCCAUCUCUGAUAUAAUUAGAUUACAGAGAAAAAAGGGGGGGGGGAGGAAAUGAAGGAGUUUUGGACAUCUCUGGCUUCUUUGAUGGGUCUCUUGGCCUUCUCCCAAGGAAUCCUCCAUGCCAUAUUCCCACCAGAGAUUCGCUUUGCCUUCAAGAUCUUAACCCGUAGCUUCCAAUGGUUCUCCUCUUACUGCUACUUUGACAUCACAGAGAUCGAUGGUGUCAACACAAACGAGCUCUACAACGCAGUUCAGCUCUACCUCAGCAACUCUGCUUCAAUCACAGGCAACCGUUUGAGCCUCACUCGAUCUAGGAAUUCAAGUACCUUCACAUUUGGGCUAUCAAACAACGAAUACUUGGUCGAUAUCUUCAAUGGCGUCACUACAAGAUGGGAGCAUGUGGUCUCACAGAGACAAUCUCAGAGCUACGCGUGGAGAGCUCUUCCUGAUGAGAAGAGAGGUUUCAUUCUUCGAAUCAAGAAGAAAGAUAAGACCUUGAUCCUUGAUUCUUAUCUUGAUUACAUUAUUGAGAAGGCUAAUGAGAUCAGAAGAAAGAAUCAAGAUCGACUUCUUUAUACAAAUUCUCGAGGUGGAGCUCUUGAUUCGAGGGGUCAUCCAUGGGAAGCUGUUCCCUUCAAGCACCCAAGCACAUUUGAUACAUUGGCCAUGGACCCUGCAAAGAAAUCUGAAAUAAUGGCUGAUCUUAAAAGAUUCUCUGAUGGGCAAUCGUUCUAUCAGAACACAGGACGAGCAUGGAAGAGAGGGUACCUUCUAUACGGUCCACCUGGUACAGGGAAAUCAAGUAUGAUUGCAGCAAUGGCUAAUUACUUGGGUCAUGAUAUCUAUGAUCUUGAACUCACUGAAGUGAAUAACAAUUCAGAGCUUCGCAAGUUGCCGAUGAAAACGACGUCAAAAUCGAUUAUUGUGAUCGAAGAUAUAGAUUGCUCCAUCAAUCUCACCAAUCGGACUAAAUCUGUAUCUGCAAGGAGAGCUGCCUACAAUGAUCCUCUAUCACCAGACCUUAGAGGAGGUGGGUCAGGUGAAGAUGGUGGGACUUCGAUUACACUUUCGGGUUUGUUGAAUUUUACGGAUGGGUUGUGGUCUUGCUGUGGGAGUGAGAGGAUUUUCGUGUUCACGACGAAUCACAUUGAGAAGCUUGACCCUGCAUUGCUGAGAAGUGGGCGUAUGGAUUUGCACAUCUAUAUGAGCUUCUGUUCUUUUCCUGCACUGAAGAUUCUUCUGAAGAAUUACUUGGGAUUGAAUGAAGAAGAGGUGGAAGAUGGGAAUUUGAAGGAGUUAGAGGAGGUAAUUGAUGAAGCCCAGAUGACCCCAGCUGAUAUUAGUGAGGUUUUGAUCAAGAACAGAAGAUUUAUGGGGGAAGCUCUGUCUGAAUUGUUGGAGAGAUUGAAAAACAGGGUUGAAAGGAAUCGUGAAGAAGGGGCUGUAAGGGAGAAGUAUUCUACAGAAAUGGAAGAGGAAGAGCAGGAGAAAAGAGCCUUGGAAUCUCCAAAGGAGGGUUGUGAAAUUCCAGAGAAGUGUAGCAAGCGAGAUGAUGCAGAUCAGCAGGAGAAGCUGAACUGAUAGGAAGAUUCCACUGAAUUUUUUUUUGUGCGCAGAGAAAGUGGAAUCAUAGAAUAGGUGGGUAAAUGAUUGUUUUGGGAUUUCAGAUUGCAAAUCUUAAUGGUGGGAGGAUUCGUCAGUGUCGUAAGAAUAGAAAGAGAAGUUAUAGGAGAAGGAAGGAAUAGGUUAGUUCUAUUUUGUAGAAAGUAGAAAGUAGGAAGUAGAAAGCUUCCCCUUCGUGUUACCAAAAAAAAAAAAAAAAAA